UCCGAGAAAUGGGUGAGAUCGAAAACCCUAUUUUUAGAACAAACUAACAAAAACAGAUACCUAUUUUUCCCCCAUCAAUUGUUUCAUAGAGUUAGCCAUUAGCCAUUAGCCAUAGCAAUAGCUAUAGCCAUCCCUUGCCCCAAUUCCUUCCGCCAUCUCUAAUGUCUCCCACCGUUGGUGCCUCGCCUUCCAUGAACAACGGCAAAGCCCCAUCGGUGUACGACAUUCUCCGGGAAUUCAACUUCCCAAUAGGUCUUCUUCCCGAAGGCAUUGUGGGUUGCAAGUUAGAUCGAACUACUGGAAAGUUGGAGGCUUAUUUGAAACGAUCAUGUCAUUUCUCACCCGAUGAGCCAUAUGAAUUGAAAUACAAAUCCACUAUUAGUGGAAACAUUUCAAGGAACCGAUUGACAAAUCUAAAAGGGGUGAGUGUGAAGUUUAUGUUCUUUUGGGUUAACAUUGUGGAGGUGGUGAGAAAUGGUGAUGAUCUAGAAUUCUCGAUCGGGAUGGCUACGGCGUCGUUUCCUGUUGAUAAUUUCUCCGAGUGCCCACCGGGCGGGUGCGGAGUCGAUUGCAGUGAUGGAAAAGUCAGAAAAAUUAAAGCUAAAUCUCUUGUUUCAUCAGCUUGAAUUCAUGGUUGUUCUUCCCAUUGUUGAUAUGAGAAAAAAAAUGAAAUAAAAAAGAAAAAAGGGUAGGAAUAAUCUGUUGAUUUGAAGCUUGAAAGACAAUUGGGUUAAAACCGAUGUUGGAAUUGAGUAGGAAAUUUAAAGUUUGUUUUUGUUUUUUCA